AUGGCUUCCGAGAAUGUUCCAAGUACCCCAACCAAGUCUGCUAGAGGCUGGACUGACGGAGAAAAGUUGGCUGUUGUUAUGCAAGUCAUUGCGCAGAAUGGAGCCAAUCCCAAAUGGGACUCCAUCAAAGUCCCAGAGGGCCGCACCGUCAAGGCUGCUAUGCACGUUUGGCAGGCGCUGAAGAAGCAGGCGGAUACCGUCCCGCUCACUGACCCUGCCAGCACUCCUUCGCGCAAGAGGAACGCUCGCUCGACUAAGCCUAAGACUGCUGUUGGAGAGACUGGUACUAAGAAAAAGAGAGCGGUCAAAGGCAAGAGGGCAAUGAACUUCGAUGAGCCCAACGAUGAGGAGGACAUCGACGCUGAGCUUAAACUCGAAGAGGAAUUUAAGGAUGCUCAAGUGAAAGGAGAGGAUAAUGACUAUGGGAUCAAGGACGAGGAGGCUGAUGACUAUGAAGAAUAA